AUGUUCUUCCAGAAGCUCUUCCUGCUGUUCACUUUCUUCGGGAUUCACCCGUCCCACGCCCAGACAACUCCACCGGAACUAUGCGCCACUGGAGUCCAUGCUAUUCUCAUUCGUGGUCAAGGCCCAGGCGAUCACUUGAAUGUAAUGGUCUCUAUGCAGAAUCUGGUUUUACAACUCAUUCCAGGCUCUAGCAGUGUAGCUCUGCCUUAUCAUCAUGGAGGCAAUGAUCACAGAAUCGUGGCUGCCGAUGGUGCUACUAUGAUGCAGGAGUAUAUUCGAGAAUACGUCGCCUCGUGUCCGCAUUCGAGAAUCUUUCUUAUGGGAUAUUCACUUGGCGCCAUUAUCAUGAUGGAUGGACUUUGCGGAACCAGCUCCCUCUGGCUCAACCCCGUUUCUGCAAUUGAACCUCAAUUCAACCGAAACGUAAUUGCGGCUGCUGCCUACGGUGAUGAAACCUUUAUUCCAGGAAUGCCUUGGAAUGCUGGAACCUGUAUCGACGGAGUCGGGUUAUAUCCACGAAUUCAUCCCGAAUGGUGUGACCCAUACGCUAGCUCGAUUCGAAGCUACUGUGACAGCGGAGACAAUUCCUGCUGCAUGAAAUAUCCACCGUUUGAGGAUGGUGCUCAUUUCUUUUACAUUUUCCGAUACAAUAUGGAUCUGUUGCACUUUAUUCAGCGACGACUGAAUGAGACUGCAGUGCCUUGA